CUUGCUUUUAUUACCAAAAGAAUAAGAAUAAGAACUUGUGUGGAAGAGGAAUGGUCUUGAUUACGAAGAUGUCUCUCUCCGUCUACAUCAUUCAUCUACUCAUUUUCUCCUUGAUUUCCACAAGUGUUAUCUCCAACCAGGCGGAGGAUAAUCUUCUACAAGGCUUAAACAGCUACAGAACUGCUCAAAAGGUUCCGCCUUUUGCAAAGAACGAUAAGGCUGAUUGUGUGGCCGAUGAGAUCGCCGACAAGCUCGAAGAUCAGCCAUGCACAAACCAUACAACAGCCAGCACGACAGUUGUUCCUGGUUCGGUCCCUCCGCAGUUAACAAACUUCCAAGAAAUUCUUUCUGAGUGCAAAAUCGACCCGAACACUACGCGUGAUGGAUUGAUCUUACCGAUAUGUAUCCCUAACCGAAUCCCUACUCUGGCCUUAACUAAUUACACACAGACAGGUUAUGCCCGGUAUCUAAAUGAUUCGAAGUAUGUUGGAGCUGGUGUUGGGUCGGAGAAGGAGUGGAUGGUUGUUGUGUUGACCACAAGUAGUCCAGGUGGAAGCUUUGUUGCUGGUGAGGCGACGUCUGUGAGAGUGAUGGCUGGUUUAGGACUAAUGGGCUUGUUGUUUAGUUGCCUUGUUCUUUUCUGAUCUUACUAAUGGUUGUGUUUUGUGUGAAAGACUCUUUUGUAUCUCUUUUAUGUGCUUUGGUUUUUAACGGACAGUAAUUAAAAGAAAAACCCAUCGUAACUA